AAAUACGGAACUUUUUAAUUGAUCUUUUGUUUCAAAUUAUAAUUAUAUAAAUACCUCAAAAAUGUUUCUCAGAAGCUUUUUUAAAAGAAAACUCAAAACAAUACCACGUAAAUUUAUAAAUAAUUCUUUUGGAAGUUACGAGGUUAUUGUACCAUGGCAAGUUUCUGAAAUUAGAGAAGUACCACCAUAUAUCCCAAAACCUUCUUACAGUCAAUCUUCAAUACCUCGUGAUGGUCCAAAAAAACCCGAAAUUAAAGAUAAAAAUCAAAUACAAAGUAUGAGAGACAGUUGUAGAUUUGCUAAAAAAGUAUUAACUCAUAUUAAACAAUACAUAAAGCCUGGUAUAACUACAGAUGAAUUAGAUGCAGUAGUCCAUGAAAUGAUUAUAAGCAAUGGAGCUUAUCCUAGUCCGCUUAAUUAUAAAGGAUUUCCAAAGUCAAUAUGCACUAGUAUUAAUAAUGUUGCUUGCCAUGGAAUUCCAGAUAAAAGGCCAUUAGCAAAAGGAGAUAUGUUAAAUGUUGAUGUAACAGUAUAUUUACAUGGUUAUCAUGGAGAUUGUUCAAAAAUGUUUGAAGUGGAAGAAUGUGAUGAUGAAGCUAAACGUUUAAUAAGUGUAACAGAAUUGUGCUUAAAAAAUGCUAUUGAUAUUUGUAAACCUAAUGAAAAUUUCAGUAGUAUAGGGAAUGUUAUAGAAGAAACAGCAGCUAAACAAGGAUAUUCUAUAGUGCCAGUAUUCGCAGGACAUGGCAUAGGUACUUAUUUUCAUGGACCACCAGAUAUUUUUCAUUUUGCAAAUAAUUUUGAAGGAAAAAUGUUGCCUGGGAUGACAUUUACUAUUGAACCAGUUGUAAGUCAAGGUAGUAACAAAGUUAAAAUUCUAGAAGAUGGAUGGACAGCUGUUACAAUAGAUAAUGCACGAACUGCACAAUGUGAACAUACCAUUUUGAUUACUGAUAUUGGCUGUGAUGUAUUGACUCAUUAAUCUUGGAAAUUUACUUUUUAUUGCCUUAAAUACAUCUUGUAAUAAAAGGUGAUACAAUGAAAGUUUGUUUAGUAGAAUCAUAUUGUAAAUACAUUUUAUUAAGAAAAAUUUA